UCUCCAGAGCAGAGGAAUAACGAAGAUGAAUCUCGCCUCUUGCAAGAAGGAUGCUCUUCAAUCCAGGCUCCUCCAGCAUCUCCUAGUCUGGUCUCAGAUUUGAUCUCCACCCCUACCUCCAUGCUUACGCUGGGCCCAAUCCUGCUAUCCUCCUCCGGCUAAACCCUUCCCUCUUACUGGCUGCUUUCCUUCGUCCUCUCCCUCUUUCUAUUUUCUUUGUCCUUCGACCUGUACAUCACCAUCCCAUCCUGCCCCGAGUGCGUGAGGUGCGUGGAGGUUUCCCAGCCAGCUCGGCUUGGUCCAGGACCCAUCACAGGCCGGGCGGAACAGGCCAGGGUCUAGGCUGCAGCGCCACCGCCUGCCUCCAGUGACACGCAGAGCUUCCAAUGCCUCAGCUGCAGCGCAUGCAAGAGAGCCCGUGCCCAGGGCCGGUCUGGGGCCAGAGCGCAACCCCGGUGUCCGAAGGGCUCUCUCUGCAGAUGCCAGUGACAUUCGAGGAUGUGGCCGUCUACUUCUCCCAGGAGGAGUGGGCAGUACUGGACCAACAACAGAAGAAGCUUUACCAGGACGUGAUGAGGGGGACCUAUGAGUUGGUGACCUCGCUGGGGUAUCCUGCUGCCAAACCAGAGGUUAUCUGUAAAAUUGAACAGGAGGAAGAACCAUGGAUGAGGGACUCCCAGAACCACAGAAGAGGCCUGAAUCGCCACUGGGGUAGUUCUAGGAACGGGAUCAGAAAUGAGAAAGUUAAAGAUAUUGGAGACAAUAUGGAAGACCCAGAGACAUUUACAUUCUUGAUGAAGUCAGAGGGUAUUGUUCAGGUCCCCCUAAAGCUGAAAAAUAGUAGUAGAGAAAAGUUCUGGAAAAAACAGGCCUAUGCAGGAAGGCCUAGUGUGCCUCAAAGGCCAUUGGGGAAAAAGAAGCCCCCAACCUGUGCUGAGUGUGACAAGAGCUUCAAAAGCAACACAGCCUUGAUCAUCCAUGAGCGCAGCCACACCGGGGAGAGGCCUUUUAAGUGCCCCGAGUGUGGGAAAGGUUUCCCUUCCAAGGGGGACCUGAAGCGUCAUGGAAAGAUCCACAUAGGGAAGCGUGAUAGAACGAUAGAGAUGCUCAAAGAUGCCCCUUCAGAGCAUGCCCUCUCCAAGCACAGAAGACCUGCCUCCAGGAAGCCCCAUGUCUGCCUCCAGUGUGGGAAAGGCUUCAAAAAGGCUGGAAGUCUCAAGAAACAUAUAAACGAUCACCUGGCAGAGAGGCCCUUCGUCUGUGGGGAGUGUGGCCAGCGCUUCCGCCUUAAGCAGAUCUUGGUGUCCCACCAGCGGACCCACGUGGGGGAGAGGCCCUACUGCUGCCCUCAGUGUGGGAAGUGCUUUAGCCAGAAGCAUCAUCUCAGGAGCCACCACCGAGUGCACACAGGUGAGAGGCCCUUCACUUGCUCCCUGUGCUCCCGAUGCUUCAGCCAGAAGCACCACCUGGUCAGCCACCAGCGCAUCCACACAGGGGAGCGUCCCUUCGCUUGUGUCAGCUGCAGCAAGAGUUUUAAGGACAAAAAGACACUGACCAUCCACUGCAGGGUGCACACAGGUGAACGGCCAUACACAUGCUCCGAAUGCGGGAAGGCCUGUAGCCAGAAGCAGCAUUUGAAAAGCCACUUGCGGGUGCACCGGGCAGGGGGCCAAGGACUGCUCCCAUCAUGCCCAGAAGAAAAACCCUACCAGUGCAAGGUGUGCGGGAAGGCCUUCCGGGACAAAAGGAUUAUGCUGACCCACCAAACGACCCAUGAUGAAGAGCCAAGACACUUCCCAGCACUGGGGACUGUGACAUUUGGAAAGAAGGGACCACUUCUGUGAGGCAACAGCAUGACUAUUCAUGGAUUGCCAUGUCCAGCCACUAGAAGAAGAAUAGAAUGAGACAGUGUCAAGGAGCAAGCUGGGAAGAUUACCCUGGGACCAGACCACUUGGGAGUUUCCAGGGGUCUGUAGCUUCUUUCUUUCUCUCAUAGACAGGAUGAGAAUGGCUAACUAUCUCACAGGCCACCAGAUAGGAGCCUAGGGAGGAAGAAAUUCUCCUAAUGGGUGACGUGUUAAAGGCUUUUACUUGGGUCAAAGAUUAGCAGUUAGUGUGACUUCUCCACAAAACAGAAAUAUAAGUUCCUCGUCUUCAAGAAGUUGUCACUUGAAGAUCCUUCAGAAAGGGGAUUAAAGAGAUCCCCCCGUUCUCUUCUCCACCAUGUGAAAAAUUGCUGGAACAAGGUCCAAAUAGCUCUCAGCUUGCCAUGUCAUCUGAGGUCUAGGCUGAAAGUGAUUUAUUCUUACAUUCAGAGGGAAUCGGGUGAUCGUCCCUAGUUGCCAUCAAAAAUCCAAAUCCACCAUCUUUCUUUUCCUGAAGGGCAGUAGUAUUACUGUUAAUGAUCUAGAGUCAGGGGCCCUAAGGUCCACUCCCUGUGGGGCAAGCCAUUUAACCACUCUGGGCCUCAGUUUCCUCUUCUGUGAAAUGAGGGAGCUGGACUAGAUGACCUGUCAGGCUCCUUCCAACUCUAAAUCUAUGAUCCUGUGAUCUUAGAUUUUUGUGCAGUCAAUUGCAGUCCUGUGUUAUGAACAUAUAAGCAGGGUCACAGCUUUGGCCGAUCCUUACUCUUCCAUAAUAAAGUUUUACCAUCCCU